AAAAAAAAAAAAAAAAAAAAUCUGGACUCUGCUGACAAAAGAAAAUGUCGAAAUCAUUAAAGAAAAUCGUGGAAGAAAGCAGGGAAAAGAACCUGACAGAGGUGGAUAUGUGUGACAGAGGCAUCUCUAAUAUGCUGGAUAUCGCGGGACUUUAUGCAUUGUCUAACAUCACCCAGCUGGUACUUAGUCACAACAAACUCACAACUGUUCCACCAAACAUAGCUGAUCUGAAGAAUUUAGAAGUACUGAACUUUUUCAAUAACCAGAUUGAAGAGCUCCCAACACAACUAAGCAGCCUUCAGAAACUCAAACACCUUAACCUGGGCAUGAACAGAUUAAACUCCCUGCCCAGAGGAUUCGGGUCACUGCCAGGUCUAGAGGUUCUCGACUUGACGUACAACAACCUCAACGAGUCCUCCCUCCCUGGAAACUUCUUCUACCUCACCACCCUGCGUGCACUCUAUCUAAGUGACAACGAUUUCGAAAUCCUGCCUCCAGAUAUUGGGAAGCUCACGAAGCUGCAGAUUCUGAGUCUAAGGGACAAUGACCUUAUUUCGAUGCCUAAAGAGAUUGGGGACCUCAGUCAGCUAAAGGAGCUCCAUAUCCAAGGGAACCGGCUUACAGUGUUGCCCCCUGAACUGGGUAACCUGGAUCUGACAGGUCCCAAACAGGUUUUCAAAGCCGAGAACAACCCCUGGGUCACUCCCAUUGCAGACCAGUUCCAGCUGGGAGUGUCUCACGUUUUUGAAUAUGUUCGUUCAGAAACCUACAAGUACCUAUAUGGGAGACACAUGCAGGCCAACCCAGAGCCCCCAAAGAAGAACAGUGACAAGACCAAGAAAAUCAGCCGCAAACCCCUGGCAUCUAAAAACAAAUGAGGACCAAGGCUGUGCCCCAGUCACGAUGUAGUGCAUGCGCCUUUUUCUAUGUAUGUACCUCAAGAAAGAAAGAAAAAAAACAUUUUUAUUAUCAAGAACAAAUUAUCAAUAUUUCCACUAACAAACUCUACAAAUGAAUGUCUUGGGAGUUUUCUACAUGUAUCGCACCAUUUUAUAACCACCACAGAAUUAUUAAUCUCACCAGUGGUUUAAGCUUUAUAAGUAGUGCCACACUGUUUAGGCUAGUUUGUCAUUUUUGUUAUGUGUUUUUGUUUUGCUUUAAAGCUUUUUUUGGACAUCAUCUACUGUAAUGUGUCCUCUUUCAUUUCAGAUAAAAGUAGAAUUUGUUCCUCUUGUGUUUUAAAUAAAAGAAUGUGUUUGUAUGACAA